AUUAUAGGCAAUUUAUUUCUCUUAAACCGUCGCCGACUUUGAAGUAGUUGCCGACUUCAAAAGUUGGGCCGGGUCCAGAGGCCUUUAUCCGUCAAUGGGCGGCGCCUCUCUCUCUCUCUCUCUCUCUCUCUAAACUCGGGUUGCUUCGUCUUCGUGCGAUGGCCCCUUCUCCUCCCAAAUCGUAAUUAGGGUUUCCUCCCUCUCCGUCGACGCCCGCGAGCUCCGAUCCCCAUCGACCAUGUCGAAGAGGAAGUUCGGAUUCGAGGGCUUCGGCAUCAAUCGCCCCGCCACCUACAGCUUCGAGCGCUCGCAGGCCCCGCAGCGCCUCUACGUGCCCCCGUCCUCGCGCGGCGGCAGCAACCACGACAACUACGAGGACAACGAUCUCGACAACAUCGACUACGAGCAAGCGACGACGCCGCGGGCGCCGAUGGCCGCAGCGGCCGCCGAUGGCCGCAGCGGCGGCGACGUGGACGAGAUCGAUCCCCUCGACGCGUUCAUGGAGGGCAUCAACGAGGAGAUCCGCGCCCCGCCGCCGCCGCCGCCACCCGGGGCGGCGAAGGAGAAGGUGGAUAGGUACGAGGGCGAGGACGAGGACGAGGACGACCCCGUGGAGAGCUUCUUGAGGGCGAAGAAGGACGUGGGCCUCGCCCUUGCUGCAGACGCGUUGCACGCGGGGUACAAUUCGGACGAGGAGGUGUACGCGGCCGCGAAGGCUGUCCACGCAGGGAUGAUCGAGUACGAUUCCGACGAUAACCCGAUUGUGUUGGAUGAGAGGAAGAUCGAGCCGAUUCUGGCGUUGGAUCAUGGCGCAAUUGAGUAUGAUCAGUUUAAUAAGGACUUACUAUGAAGAGAAGCCCUCUAUAUCAGGAAUGAGCGAACAGGAUGUCGCAGAUUACAGGAAAAGCUUAGGAAUUCGUGUUUCUGGUUUUGAUGUAUCAAAGCCAAUCAAACUCUUUGAAGAUUGUGGGUUCUCUACUGC